AUCCGCGGGAUUAUCAGCAUCACCCAGGCCAGCUCGGAAUCCGGUUUCUUGGCCGAGGCGUUGCUGCAGCAACGUCUGGCCCGGGAUUGUGGGGCCUUUUCAGCCGGACAAGAGGCCUUUGAGAGCGCGGGGGGCCCCGCGGAGUCACCCGAUAGCCCCCGCCGCUCCCCCCGGGCCCCGCUGGCUCCCGUGGCGAGCCCGAGGACACCGGAUACCUUUAUCGGUGGCGGGAGCGGGGCUGGCGGCGGGUGCGGCCCCGCGGAUGCGGCCCCGCGGCGCUGACAGAUGGGGGAUGCCGCCGGUGACACCGCGGGGUCACGGCGUGGCCAGCUCGGUCACCCGGGGGUCCCCGGCGGGGAUUGACCCCGGGGAGGGAUCCCGCUGCCCGUCCCGUCCCUCUCCCCGGUUUUUCCGCAUCCCGGAGCAUCCCGGGCGUGGCGAGGGGAGCCCGGGGGUGGCACCGGGAGCCCCCUGAGGUGUCCCUGUCACCCCGUCCCUGCCCGGGGGCUCCGGGGGUGCUGCUGCCCGGGGCCACCCCGGGGGCUGUGCCCCCCAAAGGCGGCCCCCGCGGGGGUGGCCGGCGGUGCCAGCCGGGCUGUCCAGCCCCGGUAUCGGAUCCUCCCGGAGGGAGGGGGCUUGGAGCUUAUUUAACGUGCCCGGCCGGGCCGGGCGGGCGCACUCGGAGCACGGGGAGCUCAGCCGCAGCCAUGGGAUCGCAGCUGGAAGGGGCCAUGGAGACCCUGAUCAAUGUCUUCCACCACUACUCGGGCAAGGAGGGCGACAAGUACAAGCUGAGCAAGAAGGAGCUCAAGGAGCUGCUGCAGAGCGAGCUGGGAUGUUUCCUGGAGACCCAGAAGGACGCGGGGGCCGUGGAGAAGAUCAUGCAGGACCUGGAUGAGAACGGCGACGGGGAGGUGGAUUUCCAGGAAUUCGUGGUCCUGGUGGCCGCCCUGACCGUGGCCUGCAACACCUUCUUCUGGGAGAACGCCUGACGCCCCUGCGGCCACAGCCGGACGAGGGCUCCCAAAAUCCAGAGCUCCCCCCCAGCCACCCCCCAGCUCACCCCCUCCGCUCCCCAGCACUCCCCGGGGAUCCCGCUGGGAUCCAGCUCCACAAUAAAGGCACCGACCCAGGCC